UUUUUGUUUUUUGUUUUUAUUUUUAUUUUUAUUUUUUUUUUCUUUAUUUUCAGAUUUUGCGCAAAACUCAACAAGCAGCCACAGCCACCCGCUCUCAACCAAACCAACCAUGGCCCCACGAGUAGCUUCGACACCACGCUUCACACAGCAGCGACGCUCUCUGCGGUACGGCGGCGCACUGGCCUUCUUGGCAGCGGUCGUCCUCGUGUACGCAAGCCCAGCCGCAGCAACAGUGGCAGCAGACCAUUUGUCGCCGUUCAACCCUGCGCUCGCCCAGCGCAUCGCCCAGGCCUCGCAGUCCACAGCCAAGAUCAUUUCUGACCAAGUCGUCGCGCGCCGAGACAUCCCCUCUGACAUUGAGAAGCUCGUCGCGGAGGCCAUCGAAAAGGUCUUGAAGGACAUUGUCGAAGGCCUCAACAUUACAGCAAUCGACCUCGCCAUCAAGGACAUGCACCUGCCCCCAAUCACCGUGGACAUGACCUCGCCGCUGAUCAAUGUCACCCUCGACGUCGCAAGCAAAAACUACACCGAGAUUGACGUCUCGCUUCACGCGCCAACCGAGCUUUUCGACGUUGUGCUCACUUCUGGCGACAUGGACAUGGCCGUCAACCUGACCAGCGAGUCGCUGCCAAUGAAUGUCACGCUCAACGCCGACCAAAUGCCCAUGCAAGUCGAAAUCGACUCGGACAAGCUGCCCAUGACCAUUGCAAUGAAGAGCGACGAGCUCCCGAUGAGCAUUCUCAUCAACGGCGAUCAAAUGCCCAUGAACGUGGCGCUCCAGACAGAGUCGAUGCCCAUGACCGUUCAGAUGGAAUCGCUGGACAUUGGCUUUGUCUCGUGGAUUAUGCUGUCCGUCCUCCUUGUUCUCCAGCUGGCUCUUGCAUUCUUCCUGUUCCGUCACCAACGGCGAGUCUCGUCGCUGGAGGCCGUCACCAAGACGCUGCAAACCGGCUCCACCCAUUCCUACUGCACCGAGUGUGGCACCCGCAACGGCUUCUCGGCCAAGUUUUGCUUCUCGUGCGGCACCAAGAUGGUUCGCAACAUUCUGUCCACCCCCUCACAAGUUACCACCGUCUACGGCUCCGUCCAGUACCAGCAAAUCGAAGACUCCAAGUAACUGCCGUCCCAAAAAACAAAAUCUCAGAAUCAUCCCAGUCUCGCACACGUGUAUGUCGUCUUAUUACACUUUUUGUGGGAUUUCUUUUUUUCGCUAAUGACUUCGAAGGGCGGCGUCCUUUCGUUGUGUUUAAUUGAUUUUUUUCUUUCUUCUUUGUUUUCUAAAAGUCAAUUCGUUGUAGAGUUUGGUUUGUGUUGUGUAAUGAAAAUGAAAUAUGAAAUUGCCCAGAACAAGAUGAUGAUUUUGGUAUUA